GGGAGCGCGAUUCCGAGUGAACGGGAGAGGAGUGGAGCUGAGUUGUUGGCAUCGCCUCACAGACAGGGCCGCCAUGUCCUACAACUACGUCGUGACGGCUCAGAAGCCCACCGCGGUGAACGCCUGCAUAACCGGGCAUUUCACCUUGGCAGAUGAUCUGAACCUGCUGAUUGCCAAGAACACCAGGCUAGAGAUCUAUGUGGUGACUCCAGAGGGUUUGCGCCCUGUCAAGGAAGUGGGCAUGUAUGGCAAGAUAGCCGUGAUGGAACUCUUUCGACCUAAAGGGGAAUGCAAAGACCUGCUAUUCAUUCUGACAGCAAAGUAUAAUGCCUGCAUCUUGGAGUACAAACAGAACGGAGACAGCAUUGAUAUCAUCACACGGGCCCAUGGAAACGUGCAGGACCGCAUUGGCCGUCCCUCUGAGACGGGAAUCAUAGGUAUCGUGGAUCCUGAAUGUCGGAUGAUAGGCCUGCGGCUGUACGAUGGGCUAUUUAAAGUGAUCCCACUGGACAGAGACAAUAAAGAGCUGAAGGCCUUCAACAUCCGUCUCGAAGAGUUGCAUGUGAUCGAUGUGAAGUUCCUCUAUGGCUGCCAGGUCCCAACCAUCUGCUUUGUCUAUCAGGACCCCCAGGGACGUCACGUAAAGACCUAUGAAGUAUCUUUGAGGGAGAAGGAAUUCAACAAGGGUCCGUGGAAACAGGAAAAUGUAGAGGCCGAGGCAUCUAUGGUCAUUGCAGUUCCAGAGCCAUUUGGAGGGGCCUUGAUCAUAGGCCAGGAGUCCAUUACAUACCAUAAUGGAGACAAAUACCUGGCCAUAGCACCACCAGCUAUCAAGCAAAGCACCAUUGUAUGUCACAACCGCGUAGAUCCCAACGGCUCUCGGUACCUGCUAGGAGACAUGGAAGGGCGACUGUUUAUGCUGUUGCUGGAGCGGGAGGAACAGAUGGAUGGAAAUAUCACUGUCAAAGACCUGCGGGUGGAGCUUCUGGGAGAGACCUCUAUUGCAGAAUGCCUGACAUAUCUUGACAAUGGAGUUGUGUUUGUUGGAUCUCGCCUUGGAGACUCCCAGCUGGUCAAAUUAAACGUAGACAGCAAUGAGCAAGGCUCUUACGUUGCUGGCAUGGAAACCUUCACCAACUUGGGCCCCAUUGUGGACAUGUGCGUCGUAGAUCUGGAAAGGCAAGGCCAGGGCCAGCUCGUCACCUGUUCAGGAGCGUUUAAGGAAGGCUCACUGAGAAUCAUCCGCAAUGGGAUUGGUAUCCAUGAACAUGCCAGCAUUGAUCUUCCUGGUAUUAAGGGUCUGUGGCCUCUGCGUUCUGACUCCACACGGGACACUGAUGACAUGCUGGUGCUCUCUUUUGUUGGACAGACUCGUGUAUUGAUGCUGAAUGGGGAGGAGGUGGAGGAGACUGAGAUGCCAGGAUUCGUGGAUGAUCAGCAGACCUUCUACUGUGGUAAUGUGGCCCACCAGCAGCUCAUUCAGAUAACGUCUGGGUCAGUGCGACUGGUCAGCCAAGAGCCCAAAUCACUGGUCAGUGAAUGGAAGGAACCCAAUGGAAAGAACGUGAGUGUGGCAUCCUGCAACAGCAGCCAGGUGGUGGUGGCUGUGGGCCGUGUGCUGUAUUACCUGGAGAUCCAUCCUGUAGAGCUCAGACAGAUCAGCUCCAUUGAGAUGGAGCACGAGGUGGCAUGUCUGGAUAUCACUCCCCUGGAGGGCAGCACAAUGUCACCCUUAUGUUCUGUGGGUCUUUGGACAGACAUUUCAGCUCGGAUCCUCAAGCUGCCAUCGUUUGAGACCAUGCACAAAGAGAUGCUCGGAGGAGAAAUCAUCCCACGCUCCAUCUUGAUGACGACAUUCGAGGGCAGCCACUACCUGCUGUGUGCUCUGGGCGACGGCGCUCUCUUUUACUUUGGGCUUGAUAUAGAAACAGGUUUAUUGAGUGACCGAAAGAAAGUCACUCUGGGAACACAGCCCACAAUGCUGCGAACCUUCCGCUCUCUGUCCACCACAAAUGUCUUUGCCUGCUCCGACCGGCCCACUGUCAUCUACAGCAGCAAUCACAAGCUGGUCUUCUCCAAUGUUAACCUCAAAGAAGUAAAUUACAUGUGUCCCCUGAACUCUGAGGGUUACCCUGACAGCUUGGCCUUAGCCAACAACAGCACUUUAACCAUCGGAACCAUUGACGAAAUACAGAAAUUACACAUCCGCACGGUGCCGCUUAAUGAGUCUCCGAAGAGGAUCUGUUACCAGGAAGCGUCCCAGUGCUUUGGUGUGGUCAGUAGCAGAGUGGAGGUGCUGGAUCCCAGUGGAGGCACCACCGUGCUGAGACCGAGUGCCAGCACUCAGGCUCUCUCCACCAGUGUCAGUUCCAGUAAGCUCUUCCCUAGCAGCACGUCACAGCACGAGAGCUCGUUUGGGGAUGAAGUGGAAGUUCAUAAUCUGUUAAUCAUAGACCAGCACACAUUCGAAGUUCUCCACGCUCACCAGUUCCUGCAGAACGAGUACGCACUAAGUAUUGUGUCUUGCAAGCUGGGCAAAGACACAAAUACUUAUUUCACCGUGGGCACGGCAAUGGUUUAUCCCGAGGAAGCAGAACCAAAGCAAGGCCGCAUCAUUGUUUUCCAGUAUUCCGACGGCAAACUUCAGACUGUAGCAGAGAAAGAAGUGAAAGGUGCCGUCUAUUCUAUGGUGGAAUUUAAUGGCAAACUGCUGGCGAGCAUCAAUAGCACGGUACGGCUGUAUGAAUGGACAGCGGAGAAGGAGUUGCGUACAGAGUGUAACCACUACAACAACAUUAUGGCCCUUUAUCUGAAGACAAAGGGAGACUUCAUCCUGGUGGGGGACCUCAUGCGCUCAGUGCUGCUUCUCGCAUAUAAACCAAUGGAGGGGAAUUUUGAAGAGAUUGCACGAGACUUCAACCCCAAUUGGAUGAGUGCUGUGGAAAUAUUAGAUGAUGAUAAUUUCCUGGGUGCAGAAAACUCCUUCAACUUGUUUGUAUGUCAGAAGGACAGUGCGGCCACCACAGAUGAGGAACGGCAGCACCUUCAGGAGGUGGGCCUCUUCCACCUGGGAGAGUUUGUCAACGUCUUUUGUCACGGCUCACUGGUGAUGCAGAACCUGGGCGAGACGUCCACACCUACCCUGGGUUCGGUGCUCUUCGGCACAGUCAACGGCAUGAUCGGUCUGGUUACUUCACUGUCCGAGAGUUGGUAUAACUUCCUGCUGGAUGUCCAGAAUCGACUGAACAAAGUUAUCAAAAGUGUGGGCAAGAUCGAGCAUUCAUUCUGGAGGUCGUUUCACUCCGAGCGGAAGACAGAACCUGCCACAGGCUUCAUCGAUGGAGACCUCAUCGAGAGCUUCCUGGAUCUCAACAGAACCAAGAUGCAGGAGGUGGCUGUAGGCCUACAGAUUGACGAUGGGAGUGGAAUGAAGAGAGAAGCAACAGUCGAUGAUCUGAUAAAGAUAGUGGAAGAGCUGACCAGAAUACAUUAGCGGAGCAGCCGUUUGUCUGUCCUGUGUGUUUGCCAGUACACCCCAGUCCCGGGGCCUCGGGGAGCUGCAGUCAAUCCUGUGCGAACAACAGAAGCAGCUACAGAACAUCCAUGAAAUGAGCCAAUAAUAACACUGAGUUUGCUGCCUGUCAGCUGGAGCUGGGGUUCAUCACUCUGCCCUGUGUUGGGGCGGCUUGCUGCAUUAGGACAUCUUCACCAGUGGAACGGAAGCUUUCAGAAAUUGCAUCUGUGAGCAUUCUCAUAUCUACCAUUGCCCAAGCCACAAUUUAAAUUUAAACCCAGGCUGCAGAGGGCUCUGUCUCCCAUUGUCGCCACUCACAAUGGGAAGAAUGUGUCCUUUUACAGAGCUCCUGCGCUCAUCUCGCAAGCACUCUGCUGCCUGUGAAUGACCAGCAGUGUGUGUGUGUGUGUAUGUGUAUGUGUGCGCGUGUGUGUAAGUGCUGCAGAUCCGUGUGAGGACUCCCCAGCUUCAGCCCUGGGCAAACUGCAAAUGUUAUUGUAAGUGGGCAACGCUCUUAGUCAUUCCCGAGAUGCAAACUAUACCCGUGCUGCGUGCUAUGCUUAGUUGUGGAAUUGUGUGGUGCUGUACAUCGUUAGCACACGAUUCUUUUUUUCUCUGGAUCUGGGAUGAAUCCAGCCCCUCAAGUCUGCAGGCUAAGCUUUUACACAAGAUGAAUAUUGGGCAGUAACCCCACAACACAAAAUCCCAUGCAGUUCAGCAUAAAAGUUCAGCCCCCUGCACCAGGAGGCCACAACAGUACUGAUAUUGGGACAGAAAGGGUCACUCUGGUCUGUUUGAGGGAAUCCAUUCAGUUUGGGCUCGAUGCAAGUUGCUAGCGAUAAAAGCUGAAAAGGCUGCGACUCCACUUCAGAGUCGCAUCUGAACGUUAAUUCAUCCCUUUCCACAUGGUUGUCCUGCUGAUGCCCUCUCAGUACCAGAUAUUCCUGUGUAUCGUGCUCUGGGCAGACAAUUUGUGGUGGACUGCGUGCUAUUCUGCUCCGUUUGGCAUGUUUUUCAGUAGAUUGUUCCUGCGUAUGUAGAGGUAACUAAUGCAGUUUUGUAUGUAUAAUUUAAUUUUACAUUUUUAAUGCAAUCUUAUUUCUAAGUUAAAAUUGCAGUUGUUAUUUCUAAGCACCAAGGGAGAAAUUUACAAAACAUAAUGAACAUCAGAAGCAGCUUGGGGUUGGUUCAUAUCAAUUAAUUUCCUACUUGUGUAUGCAUGCAGCAGCAUUGUUGGAACAGUGUAGACGGAGCUUUACUCUGUCUCUAACCCAUGCUGUCACUGACCUGGGAGUGUGGACGGACAGUGUAGAGGGAACUUUAUUCUUUUCUCUAACUUGUGCUGUUGCUGAGUUGGUAGCGCUGGUUGCUGAUAAUUGAUGCCUGAAAUGAAAAACAUUUAGCUCGCUACCAUUGACAUCUCUCACUUUGUUGAGCCCAAAGCAGAAAUGAAUUAAAGAAAGUUUGAUUUUCACUCAGCCGAGUGCUGCUGUUGGGGUCGGCUAGAUUGACAUCCUGUGUCAUUGCCAUUGUAUUUGUGGUGCAUAGUGCUCUUAAAAUCAGCAGGGGAUCCUGUGACGUCGUACCAGCAGAAAUUAAACACAAACUGUUUGUGAGCCUCUCCCGAGUUCUGCUUUUAAAGGACUGUUAUUCCCCUAACAGAACAGCAGCAUGGCUGGGUACCUGGUAUCAGCGGAUCAUUGGUGGUUAUGGCUGUCGUUUAUCUUCCAUAGAAAGACAGCGUCAUUACCAGGCUCUCAGUAAGUGAAAGCUCUGUGUAAUGGUCCCAGUGCGGUGUCUAAUCUUGAAUUGGGCACAAUGCUGAGCAACCUGGCACUCGUGCCUGAGGCUGACUGGACCACAAACCUAUCAGCUACUGAUGUGAGUGCUGUGCAGGGGGACCAUGACACUGGGUUAUAAGCCAGUCACACCCCUUCUUUGGGGGAGGGGAAGGCUGCUUCUCAGCAAUUUGAGGUAAGCGAUAUGCCAAACCACCUACAGUCUACCCCUCCACAUUUUGUGUUUGUUUUUUUGAAAAAAUUCUAUUGACUCUCCUACCACCACCAAUGUUUGAGGCCCAAAAAAACAAAUGUCUUGAAACUCAACCUCCAGUGAGCCUGGGAUUUAUGUAAUAACCUGCUUUGGGAUCGUUUUUCAUUCUUUUGGGAUAAAAAGAUCUUCCACCACCCUUAUCCCCAAAUCUGGUUGUGGGGGAAAAUGCUCCUUAAGAUGACAGCAAUAACCACAGCACUGUAAAUAAACCCCUCGUCAUGAUGAUAUUUAGGAUCGACUGUAAAAUAUUGAUUUAAAAAAAAGCUGUUGUACAUGAAAUGGGGGAGAGGAGCAAUGGCUGUUCUUGGUUACCAUUGUUCUUGGAGCCCAUUGUGAAUUCAGGCCUUGAAAUCCUUGAAAGGGAAUCACUAUGAGGUGGCCUGUAGGCAGUGCGUAGUACAGUGUUAUGUACCUUUUUGCUUUGGUCUGCAGAUAGAGUGCCUGCAAACAACUUGGACCAUUCUCCCCACAGUGGCCGUUCAAAAUAAAUAAUAAAAUGUUCUUUUGUAGGCUGAAAUUGAAAUGUUCUAUAAAUAAUGAACAAGCACACACUACUCAAACCUGUUAAUGAAUAGUUGUUAUUUUCUUCAAUAAAUUUUUGGGUUGAAAGAGCCUAUGGCAUAACUUUAA